UACGCCUGCAGGAAGUAAACAGAGACACAUCAGAGCAUGUCAAAGGCAAAGAAAGAUCAGAAACAAGUGUGGAUUUGGAGAGAUCGCAGUCAAGUCGAAGGAUGUCACUCACACGUUCCAUGAGUCGGGGCUCAUCUAGCAGCCGUCACCACUCAUUGCCAUUCACAAUUGGCCUACCUGCAACAACACUAAACGUCUCUGAAUCUGCACUAGAGAAAUCAGAUCACGAAUCAUCUGAAAUGCCUCCGAAGGUCCCUCUCCGCCGCCUUGCCAAUCUCAACAAGCCAGAAACACCAGUGCUCAUAGCAGGAGCCGUCUUCGCCAUAAUAAAUGGCUCUAUAUUGCCAAUCUUCGGCAUACUAAUAUCUAGCGUGAUCGAAUCCUUCUUCGAGCCCCCAAGUGAGUUGCGCAAAGACACAAAGUUUUGGGCCAUCAUAUUCAUGGUGCUCGGGGUGGUGUCUCUGAUAGCAUAUCCAGCGAGGACGUAUCUCUUUGGCGUGGCGGGAAACAAGCUGAUCAGAAGGAUUAGGCUGAUGUGCUUCGAGAAGGUGGUGAAUAUGGAGGUGGGGUGGUUCGAUGAGGGAGAGCACUCAAGUGGGAUCAUCGGAGCGAGGCUGUCUGCUGAUGCUGCUACCGUUAGAGCUCUCGUUGGCGACGCGCUUGCCCAGAUGGUUCAAGAUUUGUCAUCAUUGGUUGCUGGGUUAGCCAUUGCUUUCCAAGCUAGCUGGCAAUUGGCUCUGAUCAUCCUGGUGAUGCUGCCUUUGAUUGGAGCGAAUGGAUAUGUGCAGCUCAAGUUCAUGAAAGGGUUUAGCGCAGAUGCUAAGGCGAUGUACGAGGAGGCGAGCCAGGUGGCGAAUGACGCAGUGGGGAGUAUAAGGACGGUUGCUUCCUUUUGUGCGGAGGAGAAGGUAAUGGACAUGUAUAGGAAGAAAUGUGAAGGGCCUGUGAGCAGUGGGAUUAAGCAGGGGUUGAUUAGUGGAGUUGGUUUUGGGAUAUCCUUUGCCCUUCUCUUUCUGGUUUACGCUACCAGCUUUUAUGCUGGAGCUCGACUCGUUGAAGAUGGCAAAAUCACUUUCUCUGAUGUAUUUCGGGUUUUCUUUGCACUAACCAUGGCGGCACUAGCAAUCUCUCAAUCCAGCUCUUUCGCACCGGAUUCAAGCAAAGCCAAGGUUGCAGCAGCAUCAAUAUUCACCAUUCUCGACCGGGAAUCGAAGAUUAAUCCCAGUGAUGAAUCUGGAAUCAAAUUAGAGAGUGUAAAGGGAGAGAUCGAGCUCAAACAUGUGAGCUUCAAGUAUCCGACCCGACCCGAUGUGCAGAUCUUCAGAGACCUCUCCUUAACGAUUCAUGGCCAAAAGACAGUAGCUCUGGUUGGAGAGAGCGGGAGCGGCAAAUCAACGGUGAUAUCACUGUUACAGAGAUUCUACGAUCCAGAUUCAGGGCGCAUAACCCUAGACGGCGUCGAGAUCCAAAAAUUCCAGCUGAAAUGGCUGAGGCAGCAGAUGGGGCUGGUGAACCAAGAGCCGGUGCUCUUCAACGACACGAUCCGCGCCAACAUAGCCUACGGGAAGGAAGGGGAGGCGACGGAGGCAGAAAUCAUCGCGGCAGCGGAGCAGGCGAAUGCGCACAAAUUCAUAAGCGGGCUGCAACAGGGGUACGACACGGUUGUGGGGGAGCGCGGGGUGCAGCUGUCGGGGGGGCAGAAGCAGCGUGUGGCGAUUGCGCGGGCCAUCGUGAAGAGCCCGAAGAUUCUGCUGCUGGAUGAGGCGACGAGCGCGCUAGACGCAGAGUCAGAGAGAGUGGUGCAGGACGCGCUCGAUCAGGCGAUGGUGAACCGGACGACGGUGAUUGUGGCGCAUCGGCUGUCCACGAUCAAGACGGCAGAUUUGAUAGCGGUUGUCAACAACGGAGUGAUUGUGGAGAAAGGGAAGCAUCAGAGUUUGAUUAACAUCAAAGAUGGAUUUUACGCCUCAUUAGUUGCGCUUCAUAUCACUCCUGUGAAACCGUAAUUUUACUUCGUUUUUUUGUUUUCAAAACCUUAGGCCUUAGCUAGCUAGUGUUUAUGCAAUGUAAUGCAUUAUCUCCGAGGCAAUUUAUUCUGUGCAACCAUGAUUAAAUUAGUUAAAUAAAUACAAAUUGGUACUUUUAUAGA